CCGGGCGCGUGGCUGCGGCUCGGCCGGGCGGAGCUGCUCACCUGAGGCGGGGCGCUGGGCGCGGCGCGGGCGGCGCUGUCAGGGCCGCGGCUCCCGGCUCCCGGCCGCGCUCGGCGGUACGAGCCAAGCAGUGAUUUGCGGCGCCGCUUCACCUUCGGCCAUGGCCGGGAGAGCCUAGCGGGGCCCGGACACCGCCCCCCGGCUCCCGCCCCGCCUCCCAGCCUCGGCGCUGCAUCCCGCCGGCCUCGCCGCCCGGCCCGCGCCGGGCAACCGCCCUCGCCCGCAGCCCUCCCUCGCCCCGGCUCGCGUCCCCCGGCGGCGCCGCCGCGGGAAGCGGCUCCCCCUCCUCUUCCUCCGCGUCCUCUCCCCCCGCUCCGCCGCUGGGGCCGCUUGUUGCACCGCUCGCGGCCUGUGGGAGCCGCUCGCCCGGCCCCGGCCUCGCGCCCGCGGCCGCAGCCCCUGCCGCUCGCUCCCGGGGCCCGCAGCCCGGCCCGCGAGACCCCGGCCCGACCCCGCCGCCCGCACAAAAUGUCGGCGCGGACGCCAUUGCCGACGGUGAAUGAGCGGGACACGGAGAACCAUACCUCUGUGGAUGGAUAUACUGAACCCCAUAUCCAGCCGACCAAAUCCAGUAGCAGACAGAACAUCCCUCGGUGUAGAAACUCCAUUACGUCAGCAGCAGACGAACAGCCUCACAUUGGAAAUUACCGUUUACAAAAAACAAUAGGGAAGGGAAAUUUUGCCAAAGUGAAAUUGGCAAGACAUGUUCUAACUAGUAGAGAGGUUGCUGUGAAAAUAAUAGACAAAACUCAGCUAAAUCCUACCAGUCUACAAAAGUUGUUUCGGGAAGUACGAAUAAUGAAGAUAUUGAAUCACCCUAACAUAGUAAAAUUGUUUGAAGUUAUUGAAACAGAGAAGACCCUCUAUUUAGUCAUGGAAUACGCGAGUGGAGGUGAAGUAUUUGAUUACUUAGUUGCCCAUGGAAGAAUGAAAGAAAAAGAGGCCCGUGCAAAAUUUAGGCAGAUUGUAUCUGCUGUACAGUAUUGUCAUCAAAAGUGCAUUGUUCACCGUGAUCUUAAGGCUGAAAACCUUCUCCUUGAUGCUGAUAUGAAUAUUAAAAUUGCUGACUUUGGUUUUAGUAAUGAAUUUACAGUCGGGAGCAAGUUGGACACAUUUUGUGGAAGCCCGCCUUACGCUGCCCCUGAGCUUUUCCAAGGGAAGAAGUACGACGGGCCUGAAGUGGACGUGUGGAGUCUCGGCGUCAUUCUCUACACGUUAGUCAGUGGGUCCUUGCCUUUUGACGGCCAGAAUUUAAAGGAACUGCGGGAGCGAGUCUUACGAGGGAAGUACCGUAUUCCCUUCUAUAUGUCCACUGACUGUGAAAACCUCCUGAAGAAAUUAUUAGUGCUGAAUCCAAUCAAGAGAGGCAGCUUGGAACAAAUAAUGAAAGAUCGAUGGAUGAAUGUUGGUCAUGAAGAAGAAGAACUAAAGCCAUAUGCUGAGCCUGAACCAGAUUUCAAUGAUGCAAAAAGAAUAGACAUCAUGGUCACCAUGGGUUUUGCCCGAGAUGAGAUAAAUGAUGCCUUAAUAAAUCAGAAAUAUGAUGAAGUCAUGGCUACUUAUAUUCUUCUAGGUAGAAAACCACCUGAAUUUGAAGGUGGUGAAUCAUUAUCCAGUGGAAACUUGUGUCAGAGGUCACGGCCCAACAGUGACUUAAACAACAGCACUCUGCAGUCCCCUGCUCACCUGAAGGUCCAGCGGAGCAUCUCAGCAAAUCAGAAGCAACGACGCUUUAGUGAUCAUGCUGGUCCAUCCAUUCCCCCUGCCGUAUCAUAUACCAAAAGGCCUCAGGCUAACAGCGUGGAAAGUGAACAGAAAGAGGAGUGGGACAAAGACGUGGCUCGUAAACUUGGCAGCACGACAGUUGGUUCAAAAAGUGAGAUGACUACAAGCCCUCUUGUAGGGCCAGAAAGGAAAAAGUCUUCAACUAUUCCAAGUAACAAUGUGUAUCCUGGAGGUAGCAUGGCAAGAAGGAAUACAUACGUCUGUGAAAGAACCACAGAUCGAUACACAGCAUUGCAGAAUGGAAAAGACAGCAGCCUCACAGAGAUGUCCGCGAGCAGCAUAUCCUCUGCAGGCUCUGCCGUGGCUUCCGCUGUCCCCUCAGCACGACCCCGCCACCAGAAGUCCAUGUCCGCUUCUGGUCAUCCUAUUAAAGUUACACUGCCGACCAUUAAAGACAGCUCUGAAGCUUACAGACCCGGCAGUACAGCCCAGCGCGCACCCGCUGCUUCCCCGUCUGCUCACAGUAUCAGCACCACCACCCCUGACCGAACCCGCUUCCCCCGGGGCAGCUCCAGCCGCAGCACCUUCCAUGGGGAGCAGCUCCGCGAGCGCCGCGGCGCUGCCUACAACGGGCCGCCCGCUUCCCCCUCGCAUGAAACGGGGGCAUUUGCACACGCCAGGAGGGGCACGUCAACUGGUAUAAUAAGCAAAAUAACGUCCAAAUUCGUCCGCAGGGAUCCAAGUGAAGGCGAAGCCAGUGGCAGAGCCGACACUUCAAGAAGUACAACAGGGGAACCAAAAGAAAGAGACAAGGACGAGGGUAAAGAUUCCAAGCCACGUUCUUUGCGGUUCACGUGGAGUAUGAAGACCACUAGUUCAAUGGACCCCAGUGACAUGAUGAGAGAAAUCCGGAAAGUGUUAGACGCAAAUAACUGUGAUUAUGAGCAAAAAGAGAGGUUUUUGCUUUUCUGUGUCCAUGGAGAUGCCAGGCAGGAUAGCCUUGUGCAGUGGGAGAUGGAGGUCUGCAAGUUGCCACGGCUGUCCCUCAAUGGGGUGCGCUUCAAGCGAAUAUCCGGGACUUCUAUUGCCUUUAAGAACAUUGCAUCUAAAAUAGCAAAUGAGCUUAAGCUGUAAAGAAACUCAAAUUUAUACAGGAUCAGGGAAGAUACAUCCAUAUAUGAGGUACAGUUUUUGAAUGUACUGGCAAUGCUUAAUGUGAUCGGCCUGUGAAUCUCCCCAUGUAGAUUUUGCCCUUACUGCAAUAAGGUUAUACAUAGUUAUGAACUGUAAAAUUAAAGUCAGUAUGAACCAUAAUAAAUAUGUGUAGCUAAAAAAGUAGGUUCACAUGUACAGGUAAGUAUAUUGUGUAUUUCUGUUCAUUUUCUGUUUAUAGAGUUGUAUAAUAAAACAGAUGAUUGCUGAGAAACCUGUAUAGUUGUCUAGAUUUCUGCACGUAAAUGUACGUUUGAUGCUUUGAGUUGAAAAUGUUCUCUCUGUUAUUUACAUUCUGGUGGGUUUUUUAAAUUCUUACCUCCAUCAUGCAAUUUUAAAAGUUGAGAGUUGUGUCCAGAAUUAAAAGUGCACAGAAAUAGUCUUUACAAUUAUAGCAUGGACUUUUUAAAAUUAUUUUUAAAUCAUAUUUAAAUUUAAACCAGAAGCUGAUAAAUAGAUCAGCUUUAUUAUACACAGAACUACUCCUGCUUAUCUUUGCUCUUAUCCUUGUUAUCAGACAAGGUUUAGUUGAGAAGAUACAAAAUGUUUACAGUGUUGGCACUUAGCGUUUUUAAAAUAAAGUACGUGAAAAUAAUAAUAGCUUUGCCUUGAGCUAACUAAGAAGUACUGGGGAGGAGGUUAAACCUACAUCAAAUUUCUUUUGAACUUUAAAGUAUUUUCUGGCCCACUGCUAAUUGUAGCAGCAAAAUUUAAAAGAAUCAAUACUUCAUCUGGCUAUUAUAAUGUAAAAUGUCACUUAGGUUUCCUCCGUUCCAAAUCCCACAGCAUUAAUUGCGGAAGUACAAUAAUAUUGGGACUGUUUCAUCGCACAAACUCAUCUUUACAGUGUUGAUCAAUGCAUCAGUUAAGAAAUAACGCCACCUCAGGAAUUAACUGGCAUUGGGAGCAUUUGCCUCAUGCGCCUCCCAGCCUCUUCACCCACCCCCGGCACAUAUCUGUCAUUACUUAAGAGACUUCCGAGCAAAACAUGCUAUUUAUAGCAGUGUAUUAUUGAUUUACGCUUAUGUGGUUGUUCAGUUGGUUCCCAUGUGACCUGUUUGUUUUUAAUAUUUUGCCAGAUUUCUUGUAUUUAUUCCACAUCAUUGUGCCUAUAAUGUGCAGCUUUGUAAUUGGCAUUUGCCUACUUUUCUUUCAUAAUUAGUGAUACAUGCGAUGUAAAACCACUAGUAAAGGUACAUUUUAAUACUUGUUAUUUUCUACUGAAUUAGCCUUGGAGGUUGACUGUGCAAUGUUAUUUAAUGUUGUAAUUACUGUAAUAUCAGCAUAUGGGCCCCAUCUUCACACUCCUGAGAAAUAGAAAGUGUAUUCCAAUUUUAUCAGUUUAAAGGAAAAUGAAGCUGUGAUUAAAUACUGUAAUUCUAGCCUACAUUAGAAAGCUCUAAGCGUAGGUGAUGUGCCAUUCCAUGAUGGCUUCCAGACUAGGGUGACCUGUACUGUAGUGUGAUGUAGCUUUCUUCUGUAAAGUUCUGUUCUAAAACGAAGUGUAUUUUUGCCUUAGCAAAGGAUGGUGUUUGGAAAAAAAAAAGCCCAACAACUGUGUAGCCCCUUUUUAACCUAGUGUUCAUUCAAAACAAUUGACGCAAAUCUUCAUUCACCUUCACUGGUGCACACUGAAAUUUUACUUGAACAGUUCUCAUAAUAAAGCACUUGUCUUUUGCUCUUUAUCAGAAUGUGAAUUACCUGUUUUCUAGGGCAAAAGUAUUCUGUAUGGGGAGUUUAUUUUGUGUGUGCUAAAUUUAGUUGAUGGGAAAGCUGUGUAGGUUUCCAAGAUGUCAUUAUGACAAGAAAAAUUUAGUCUUUUUUAUUGGAGUUCCUAUCAAUUAAAACACUUUUUAAAAAAUAGACAUGCCUUUUCCAAGGCAAAAAACUGAUGUUCUUUUGCAUUUUCUCACUCUGGUUAACUCUUCUGUGUUUGUGGGCAAGGAAUUUUACUUCAAUAUUUUUUAUGAACUAAAAAUGAAAUCUUAAUAUUCACUUUAGAUUUUCCCAUUUUAUAUGGCGACAUAACUUUUUUUUUGAAGAUUUAGAGGAAUUUUAUAGUAUGUUUGCAUAAAUAAAUACCAGUUUAUGUUCACUGGCUAUGUGAUAUCAGGAUUUCCUUCAUUGCUGUUUAAGUAUGAUUUGCUAUAACAUCCCUAAUAUUAAAUUAUUUUGUA